AUGUCUCGAAGACAGACCAAGAGGCUCUUAAAAAAAGCCUGCAUAUUUGCAGUUGUUGGGGUGGUAAUAUUAUCAUCUUUUCUCAUUUUGCCCGGCAGCUUUGGCCCACAGAUGGUAAGCACAAAAAUACAAGGACUACAAGAAAAAACACAACUCAAGAUGGAAACCACACAAUCUUCUUUCAUAAAAGAAUCUUAUUCAGCAGAGGAAAAGGACUUUAUGGGAGUUUCAGCGGCUGAUAACUUUUUUCCUCUUCAAAAAUCGCGUCCCGAGCGGUGCUCAAGAAUUCGUGAGGAAAAGCUACAGUUUUACGAGAUUGUUCAAGGAUCUGUAAUUUACUCGGCUUUUCUUGACUACAGAUUUAAAGAUCAGACAUUCAUUCGAAUGAUUUCAAUUUUUCCGUCGUACAGUGAGUCUCCUCAAAUGUACUGCCACUUUCUGGACUUGAGAACAGAAGAGUAUUUUACCAGUGUAGUCGAAAUUGAGGAACUCGGCACGAACGAUGGAUUUACUUUUCAAGGGUAUCUGUCAUCAUGUGAUCUGCCGGACGAAAUAGAUAGCUACACAUUGUGUUCGGUGAAUGUUUCCAUGGAACCCGAGUCCUUCCGUCAAACAGACGAGAACACCAAACAAAUUCCCUUACAUGUCUCCGAAGAUCAACCAGUAGAUACGGAAACUUACGGACUUUGUAUUCCGCCAAUAAGCGGUGAAAUAUCCGCUGGAAGACUUGUUGAAUUUCUUGAACUCUCAGAGAUAUUAGGAGUGUCACAUUUCGUGUUUUAUGAUGCGAACCUUUCUGAUAAAACCCUCCGAGUUCUCCAAUAUUACCAAGAAAUAGGGGCUGUAACUCUGAACCCGUGGGCCCUGCCACAGAACAUUGCUUCGAAUAUUCAAGAUGAUGGACAAACCGUUGCUCUGAAUGACUGUCUGUAUAGAAACAUUGACCGGUUUAAAUAUGUGGCCUUUAACAAACUGGAGGAAUUUAUCGUUCCGCUUCAAAGUAAAAGGACUCUUGAAAUCUUUGAAACUGAAAGUGACGAAGACACCGCUGGACUCUGCUUUCAAGGAUUCACUUUCGAUACAUCAAAAUUUGAGGAGAAAAGACCGCACAUUCUUCUCUACACGCAGCGUUAUGCCGCUAGGACUAAAGUCCCGACGGAGGAAUCAGCAAGAUGUAUUGUAUCCCCUAAAAAUGUUUUUUCUUUAGAAUUAAAUGCAAUUUCUAACCCGUCAGAAACGUUUUACAUUACCCGCAACGUGGAAACAAGGGUUGGUCACGUGUUCCGUUACGGAGAAUGUAAUUAUGACGAGUGUAAUAGUUCUUUCCAGGACCUCACCAUGGCAAAAUACCGUGAAGAGUUGGAAAAGAGAUUUAAUCUAACAAUGAUUUAUUUACAGCAAUAUCGUGUAGUAUGA